AUGGGCAAGAACAAAACUUUUAACUUCAAGUCAGAGCAUGUGACACCUUCCUCUUCUUCUUCCACCUCCUCUAAUAAUAAUAAUGGAACUUCCAAUCGGAGCACCACAACUACUCCGUCCAACUCCGCUCCGAAAAAGUCCAAUGUCAAAUCCUUCAAAAAGGAAUAUUACCGAAAGAAAGCAGCCGAAUCUACAAAUGAAGAAGAUCGACUCAUACAAACAGGCACUGGUCUCCAUUUGGAUUCAUGGCCAUACAAUUUAUGGGGAAAAUUGAAGAGUGAUUUCACCUAUGGUCCAUUGGAUCGUUUCCGACCAUUCCAAUCCAUGUUGUGUUUAACCGAUGGACACGAAAAUCCCAACAAGAAAGAAGGAGGUCUCGAAUUGAUUCCUGGAUUCGCUUCCGUUGCAGAGAGAUACUUUCCUGCGUGUGACGACAAGUUUCGAGAAGGAAAAUCCAAACGAAUCAAAUCCCCAUGGAUUUCUUCGUAUCAUGUACGUUUCAAUCAGAAAGAAGAAGAUGAACCCUUGUUUGAAAUGGUGAGAAAAGUGAAACGAGUGCCACCGAAUUGGAAUGCACCUCCACCAAGUGCAGAAUUAUUGCAACCCAUGAAUGCAGAUGAUUGCCUUGAUUAUAUGAGAAAGAUGGUGACAGAACAUGAUGCCAUUCCUUAUCAUCCCAUUAAGAAGGGUGAUUUUUUAUACUUUGAUAUUCGAACGGCUCAUAGAAAUUCAGAUGCGAAUGAAAUGGAUCGUCCUCGUUCUGUUUUCUAUCAUGCCUAUUCAGUGGCUCAUCGUGUGAAUGAAAGAACUAUUGAAACUCUCAAACAAAAACGAAAGAACUUUGAACAUCCUGACGAUUUCAAUUCCAAGUUUAAGAUGGAACAACAAGUAUUGAGUGUGGAGAAGGAUUUAAUUCCAUUGACACCUCUUGGUCAAUGCUUGUACAAUGAGAGAUCUUACAAGACCUUAUUGCAACCAGAUGAUCAAAUUCAACCCAUUUUGAAUCAACAUUCGCGUCUCACUCAACGUCAUAUUGAUUUCUUUCAUCGAUAUGGUUAUGUGGUAGUGGAAAAUGUCGUCUCUGAUGAAGAGUGUGAUCAGUUAUUGAAUGAACUUUGUCAUUAUUCCACACAGGCUGGAUGUCCUCUUUCAAUGAAUGCCAAAACAGUUUCACAAUCUGAUUUUGCAAAUAUUGGAGGUAAUUUUGGUGCCAUGGUGGAAUGGUAUUAUUUACCCAUGCAACAACGAUUAAGACAACAUGAAGGUCUUUAUGCCACCACUGUGAACCUUUUGGCGAACACUUGGUGUGCGACAACACCUAAUGCCUAUCAUGUUCCUUAUGAAUGUCCAUUUGCAGAACAUUUAGAUGCAAGGAAGUUGUGGUUGUAUGUGGAUCGAAUGAAUUUCCGUAUGCCAGAUCAAUAA